AUGACACGUUCCUUUGCUUUCAGCCAAGACGAUCUCGCUCAAGAGUGGGAAGAGGCUUACAACAAAACCAAUUUACUUAAGCGACAAAAUAAACCUCAGUAUAAUGCAAUUUUCAGUGACGACGAAGAAGAACCUGUGCCUGUUUCACUUACGUCGCGUUGGUUUCAUAAUGGUCAGGACAAUACGGGAUACGUUGAUCCAGUCAUUAGUUCUUCUACCUAUCAUAUCCAUCAAGCAGACAAUGCUCUGCUGACUUUGAAACAUAUUAUUCUGGAAGACGGAUGGAAGAAGGCCUUGAAGCAUAAAAGUGGAGUGAUGGUUCAUAUGAAGAGUGGAAUACAUAAAGACAAAACACCCGUUUUUAAGGGCGAGGCAAUCAUCCAAGGCUUCUCGCCUCAAUCUAUAUUUUACGUGAUUGGUAUGCGUAAAUUAUGGGAUGAGCAAUAUGAAGAUGGUAAACUUGUAGAGAACCUAAAUGAUACAACAUCAUUGACUUAUGAGGUAAUAAAAUCGACAUCCUCAAGCAAAUGCAGAGAUUUAGCACUUGUUGAGAAGAUAGAAUGCACACCCAAUGGAGUGAUCAUGUUUGCUUGUACAAGUGCAGAGACACCUCGAAUACCUAGGUUCAGUGGAAGAGUACGGGUGAAUAUCAAACUUCAAGGCUGGAUACUUGAACCAUUACCUUCAUCAAGCUCACAUCCAGUUACCAAAGUUACUUUUGUCAUACAAGAAAGCAUGAAGGGCUGGGUUCCUGGAUUUGCAAAGAAAUCACUAGCAAGAAGACCUCUAGUCAUUGCCAAAGUAGCCGAAUAUCUAGAACGCAAAUCAGAACGAAUACGAACUCAACAACAACAACAACAGCAACAACAACAUAUUCAGUCAGGGCAUAGCCGGCGCCCUUCUGUCAUGUAUCCCACUCGUCAAGCAUCAAUUUUAAUGCCACCUUCUUCUCUAACAAUUGCUCCAAAGAAACACAUUUCUUUUGCUGAUCGAGACAAGACUUAUACACCUACCUAUAUACCAGAAAAUUCAAUCGAUAACAGUAGCACAGCUACUCUCGAAAGCCCUAUACCUUAUAAAAAACCCUCUACUCCACCUUCUUCAAAAGGCCAUCUCUACCCUUCACAUCGUCAUUCACUUCAGAAAAUAGAAAGCUUGCAAUUACUUAAAAAAUUGACAUUGUCCACAAAUCAUUGGAAACAAUCCAAACAGUUUGAAGAUAAUACAUGCUAUACGUUGAAUUCAGACCUACUGGACAAACAAGGACGAGGAUCGUUUAUGCGUGUCGAUGCCAUAAUUUCAGGAGGCUGGACUGCUGAACAACUCUGUAGCGUAGUUCAUUGCUUUGGAUCUCGAAAAGUCUGGGACGCCACCUUUGAAGAUGGCAAGAUCAUGGAAAGGUUUAGUCAAAAAGACUAUCUUGUCCAUUGGAUUCUCAGUAAUGACACACUACCUAUUGCAAGUGUUGAUCUUGCUGCUAUCACCAGUAUUGAGACAGAUCCAGUCUCAGGUACAGUUUACACAGCAACAUGUAGUGUGAUUGAUAAAGACAUUCCACCCGAUGACAAUUUAAUUCGCGCUUCAAGUGAUUUGUAUGGUUGGGUAUUUCAACCUGUCUUUGACACUCAGGGCAAAACAAGUAAAGUCAAGGUCAGCUUUGUCUAUCACUUGGAUUUUAAGUAUAACGUGCCUGUACCUGUACUUCAAAAAUGGACAGAUAUGUCUAUGCAAUCAAUUCAACACGUCCAUCAUUAUUUGACACAGUAUGGUUGUCCACCUUACAUCCGACGUGUCGCUGGAAAAGUAGUGCAGGAGACAUUUGAUGCUGCAAGAAACUGCUAUAAAGUGAUUCUCGUCACUAAACAUCAGCCUUCAAAUGCCUACCGAGCACGCAAAAAGACUUUUGAACAGCAACAGCAAUUAUGGUGCACAGACAUUCGGUUUCAUAAGACCAUGUUUCCCCAUGGACUUGAUAUCCAUGUUGAGCCUAUGGACAUGACACGAAUUCAAGUGUCUACAAAAGAACAAAAGAGCCUCAAGCUUUUCACGACAGAUGAAGCCAUAGAUGGUAAACAAGUAACCUUGACAUUAAUGCCUUUAUUAUUGGAGCAUGAACAUCAAGAUGCUCAUACCUAUCGAUACAAUAAUCAACUGUUUCUUAAUAAACCUAAUAUCAAGCAAAAAGAACAACAAAAAGAAACAAAACAAGAACAAACUCCAUCAUUAUCAUCACCACCACUGCUUCCAUUCCAGCCACAACAAGAAAAAAAAGAAAAAGGUAAAAGAUAUGUAAAUAUAUAA